CGCAGAACUUUCUUACGCAAGCGUAACUCUAAACUCAAGGUCCUGCAGGUCUCCGCAGAGGAAUGUAAUAUCGAAAACUCUUGUGUUACGCAUUCGCCAACCGUUUCACCUGGAAUUUGACCGUCCUGUCAUAAUUUAUCGGCCGUUUAGACCAAAAACGCAGUGUUAUACAGGAAAAAGCGGGUCAGAAAUAUAUAUGUGUGCAUGGAGUGACAGAAAGAGCGAGAAUUAGAAAAGAUGAAGACCAUCCCUCAGUCAUUCUUCCUCUUCGGUCCUUAACAGACAGCAUUAAAGUGCCAGACAUCACAACGGCCAUACAGGAGAAAGAAAGGAGGGAGUUGAGCUCUUCUUCUGCGCAACCUUCAUCUUCAUCAUCCUCCUCUCCAUCUGCAAUGGAGAUUGCCCUGGUGAGUCUUUUUUUCCCUCCUCUCUAAUAUUAAGGUUGAUUCAACAGGCUUAUCACUAAUCUGUCUAGUUAAUAAAUUGGAAGAUGUUGUAAUAAUUAAUCCACACUGUUGAUUGCAUGUAACAUCAACAUCUGCAUUAAUAUGUGACUUAUCAUAUUUCAAGGACAUUUUUUUUCUAGGUAGAGAAUGAGGAAUCAGACUACUGUUUGUCGUUUCUCUUGAAAAUUAGAAGUCAGAGAGAGGGUGCAUUGAAUGAUGAACACACACGUCUAACCCAUUUUAGUGGAAAGAGCAUAUUAAGAUCUAAAAUUCAUUAUUUUACUUUGCUGUGCAAUCAUGCUGAACCCAUGUUUCAAGUAUAGGAUACAUGCAUCCAAAUAAUGACCCACAUUCUCUCUGUCACAUGCUCACGAACAAACACAAACACAAACACAUAUGCCUUUGGCAACUGUAUGACUCACGAUGUGCUCAAAAGACAUGAUGAUGUGGUGAGAAUGAAUGCAAACAGGGAGUGAGAUUGUGAAAUUGGCGCGAGGGAACGAUAAGGAGUGCGGAGAAGCAGAGCUGAGAACGGCAAGCAUGGAAGCUUGUGGAUUAAACCAUUGAGUCUCCUGCUGUGGGUGGGAGGGGGGAAAGAGAGAUUGCUGGGCACUGUGUUUGAGAAAGGAGAGAGAUGGGGGCUUAUUCUGUCAUGUGCUGUUAGCUGCAACAGAAAGAGUGAGAGAAAGAGAGAUGCAAGAGAAAAAGGACCCACAGCCCAAAUCUGCCAUCAGCCUGGGAAAGGCUCAUCCUGCCCUGAAGGCAUUUAUUUGCGGCUCUCUCAGUGGCACUUGCUCCACUCUGCUGUUCCAGCCGCUGGAUCUGGUGAAGACCAGACUACAGACUCUGCAGAACAACAUGCACCCGGGUGCUCCUAAAGUGGGAAUGAUUACAGUCUUUUUGAACGUGAUACGCACGGAGAAGAUGCUUGGCCUCUGGAAGGGGGUUUCACCGUCGUUUAUGCGCUGUAUCCCUGGUGUAGGGAUCUACUUCAGCACAUUUUACUCACUGAAGCAGCAUUUCUUCCAGGAAGGCUCUCCAGGCGCUGGGGAGGCAGUGUUGCUAGGGGCGGGUGCUCGUUGCGUGGCAGGCGUGGCCAUGCUUCCCAUAACAGUCAUUAAGACUCGUUUUGAGAGUGGACGGUACAACUACAUUAGUGUGGCUGGAGCUCUUAAAAGUGUGUGUCAGAACGAGGGUCCAAGGGCUCUUUACUCUGGGCUUACGGCAACUCUACUCCGAGACGUCCCGUUCUCUGGCAUAUAUGUCAUGUUCUACAGCCAGGCCAAAAAGGCUUUACCACAUGAGAUUAGCUCGUCAUCCUUUGUCCCACUGGUUAAUUUUGGGUGUGGUGUGGUGGCUGGUAUUUUGGCAUCUUUGGCCACUCAACCAGCAGAUGUGGUAAAAACCCACAUGCAAGUGAGCCCAGCACUGUAUCGCAAGACUAGCGAUGCCAUACGCUUCGUUUAUGUGGAGCAUGGCUUGAGCGGGUUCUUUCGGGGAGCGGUUCCUCGUUCUCUCAGGAGAACUCUCAUGGCUGCCAUGGCCUGGACUGUGUAUGAGCAGCUGAUGGCACUCAUGGGCCUGAAGUCCUAAAGCCACUUGACGCACUUUAUCUGUGUACUUCCAUACUGUGUGCAUCAGUUACAGAGAGUGUGUGUUUAUAGUCUUUGCAGAUAAUGGCAGAAAGAUGCCAUUCUGUCAGCCUUUAAGGGUUUGACAAAACGACAGCAGCUAGAACUGGCUAUGGUACAGGUGACAGAAGGGUUGUGUGUGUGAGCGUGUCUGUGUGUGUUUGUGUUUUCAAGUGCAGAGUCUUUACCCUGUGACACCUCUGACAGUGACUUUCCUGAAUUGCCACAGUGUGGAUCUGUCAACCUAAGGAUGUUGACACUUGCACAUACAGACAGGGGUCUGCACUCAAGAAUACCAAUGAGAGACAGACAGCCAAACCGUGUACCUUCAGCUCACCCAAAACACUCCUUUCAAACUCAGACAUCAUGGCAACCAACCACUGAACUUAGAGCAGACAAUGGAAAGUGUCCACCUUUGCUGGGUUCAUAAAAAUGUUUAACCCAACAAAGACUCUAUGGACUCCUGUGUCUGAGAAAGUUUGUAAGCCUAGUUCUCUCAGUCAAAAAUCCAUUUUAGUCUUGGAUGAGACUUUAUGGGAGUCCAGGAUACUGGCUUUAUCAAGUUGACAUAAUUCUCCAGCGCUCAGACAAUCAGACUGAAUUACUCCAGGGAUGAGAAACUUAACUGACACCACAUGACUCAACUACUAACUGAUAUUAAUGCGUCUUUAUGCGAUGAUUUGUGCUAUGCUACUGAUCUCUUGUUUUAGUUCAAGUUAUUUAGUGCAUUCCAAUUUUUUGUUUCCUUUCACUCAUGCUCAAAAGGAAACUGCAGUGUACUGAGCACAGGUAAAGCAAGGACUUCAUUUAAAUGAGAUUUUUUAAAGAGUUAGACCAGAAAAAGGCUUAUUAUUAUACAAACAAAACUUAAGAAUUGGUGUUGUAGUUCCAGAGAAAAAAAUGAUUUUUUUUUUAAUGGAAAAGGAGAAUGAUGUUUACACACAUCAGUUAGAAACUGCAAUACUUAAUUCAUAAUAUUUUCAAAUGCUCAUUUUGAUUGGUGUUAUUUUUGUAAUUCCUGCUGUAAGACACUGUGGUUGCAUUAGUGGUGCUCGGUGUGAACACAUCAGUAUAAUGCUAGUACUACUUCUGCCAUAAGCCUUUUCUCAGUCUCUUCGGCAUUGUGUUUUGUGAUGGUACUUUGACUACUAAUAUUUUUCACACUUAGUGUUUGGGGUGUAACUUUACUCUAAAAGUGCACAAAAAUGAACAUUUGAGAGUUCAUAUAUGCACUUGAAUUAUUUUGAUCGAGUUGCAGGAACCAUUAGCAUUUUACGUCCGUGAGGCUGGCAGUUAUUAAUCUGGAAAUAAAUUAAGAUCAACUGACAUUUGUGGCAUAAUGUUGAUUUCCACAAAAAAUAAUUUUGACACACCCCUUCUUUUCUUGAAUGUAGUUCUGGGUCAAUUUGACCCGUUUAAACUUUUAACACCAAUUUACAUCAACUUAACUUUAACUUUUUGUCUGAAACUUCAUGACAUCCUCGUCGGAGGAGUAUCUAACAAAGAAGUUGUUAAGAAAAACUUCAUAGAAAAACUUACGAGACUGUGAUAUACCAGAAAACGUGUAUUUUAAAAUUGUAAUGCAGUGUCAAAACAUCAAAACGACACGAGCCUAGAACUUUUUCCCCUAAGAGCUACAGUGUUCCUUGAUUGCCAACCGAAGGGUUUAAAAAAGGGGGGGGGGGGGGUUAAAAAGUGCCAGUGAGGCACUUGGAAGUGGAAGUGAAUGGGACCAAUUUUUGGAGGGUUUAAAGGCAAAAAAAUGUGAAGUUUAUAAUUUUAUAAAAGCUUUUACAUUAAUUCUUCUGUUAAAACUCAUGUAUUAUUUGAGUUGUUUAAAUAGUAAUUUUUACAUUCGUUUUAGGGUUUAUGGGGUAUGUUGUCAUGACAACGAAGUUGCAAUUUUGAACUUAAAAUUUUACUUUACACAGAAAAGGUUUGUUUUAUCACACUAAAAUCAUGUUAACAGUCAUAUCGUUUAUGUCUUGUGGCAAUACAUUUUGAGUAUUUGGCACCAUUCACUUCCAUUGUAAGUGCCUCACUGAUUUGUGCUUUUUUUAAAGUAAAGGAGGGACAUGAUUAAAUUAACUUUUGUGAUAAUCAACAUUAUGCCACAAAUGCCGUUAACUGAACUUAACUAAAUUUUCCUGUAAAUCCUCUCUUGAACUUAAUUCAUAAUUUCAUACAUUCAGCAGAAUUCACUCCGCUAAUUUAAUGCAUUGUUUGAAAUUGGUAAAUUAUUAACAUUUGGUUGGUGUCUAACAUUAACAAUGCAAGCUUAUAUACUCCAAAAUGCAGUUUAAUGCCCAUAUAUGAAAUCUAAAUAAGUGAUGAGGAGCCAAAUGAUAACUAGUUUUAGAUUAGUUUUGAGGUGGUUUUUAUAAGUUGUGAUCACACUCCACACUACAUAGGCCCACAAAUCAUAGUUUGUGAAAGCACUUUAUAUUAGGUAACGUUAACUCCUGAAGCUGGUUUGUAUGUGUGUGUGUUGAUCAAACAUGUUCUGGAUCUGCAUCGCUGUGUGUAUGUAAGCCAUUGUGCUUUGUGCUGUACUGUGAAGAUGUUCUUUUGCCUUAACACGAUCAGUAUUGUCUCUUCAGCAUUUCUUUACUUAUUGUCUUGGCUGUUGAUAUUUUGUCUGUGCAUAGGAAUACUUGCACAUGCAAAUGUCGUGCCUAUGUGAAUAAAUCAGCCCCAUUUUAUAAAUGGUUGUGAUAUGUUUGCUGUUUAUAAAAACCUAACGCUUUUGACAGUGAACUUCAAAAUAUUGUGAGGUGAAGAUUGGUGAUGUUCAUGUUUUUAUUUCUUUUCUUUUUUUCACUUUAUAAGACAGACAGUAGAAAGGACAUAAACAAUGCCAUUCACAAUUAUACACAUUAAACAAGCUUUGUAUUGUA